AUGGGAGCGGACAAGCCGUCACUUGAGAAGAUUCAUGGAUUCCUCUUCCUGAGCCUUCACGAGUGGGGCUCUGGCCGAGGGGCUACUGCCUUCAUCUAUAUUGGCCUUGCAAUCCGUGUAGGGCUUCUGUUAAGGAGCUUCCGCAAGCAGACGCCUCUGGCGCCGCCAUUCAACAAGCCCGUCGAAACCCGGGAGGAGUUCGUAGUGGAAGAAACGCGGGUCCGAACAUGGUGGUCAAUGAACUCUAUGGAAUGCCUGCUAGCUUCGGGCCAGAACCGCACUGCAUUGACAACCUAUAGCGAGACCGCGGAGAUUGGCAUGCCCUGCCGGGAGGAGGCUUUUGUCUGGGGCGACGUGAGUUCCCUGCGACAUCUCACCGACUCGGCGGAACCAAGCGAAAAAGAGAGUUUGAUCCUGGCUGUGAGGCAUUGGAGCACAAUCAACUGCUGGGUGUCGUCGGGCGGUGUCAAGAAGGAGUCACAUCCGCCGUGGUCGCCCCUUUCGCGCUUUGCCGAGCUACAAGGCGUGCUCAGAUCCUGGCGGGAACAGCUGCCGCCGAAGCUUCAGUAUGAUCAGACAUUCUUUGUGAUGCAUGCCGUCAAUAAGCAGACGGGACCGUACGGGUUUCUACACCUAGUGUAUUUCUCAUCGGUGAUCUUCCUGCAUCGAGAAUACCUUCAAUUCUUCCCCGUGCAAGGGCCGACAUAUCGCGGCAGACUGCCGAAAGGUCUCGAUCAGGCGUAUGAGGGCAUAGAUGUCGAUGCUUUCUGGACUAGCUCUUUAAAGGAUCUCUUCAACGCAGCUGCACGCAUCACCGAGAUUCUGGUAGAGCUAGAACGGCACGAUGCCGUUAUGCUCACGCCGUUUCUGGGCUUUGCUGCCUUCAGCGCGGCCACAGUCAAUAUGUAUCUUGCCAUCUUCAGUUGGGUCUAUCCUGACCUAGCUGCCGGGGCCAGGGAGCGGACCGAGACAGACGUUAGAUUCUUGAAGCAAGUCGUUGGCCUUUGGCCGCUGGCACAACAAUGGUAUCAAACCGUGUUGAGGCUAUACGAGUCGUACAAACAGUUUCACAUGGACGGUGGCGCCCCGGAGUCACCCUCUGGCAAGACUAUUGACGCGUUUCACAGCUUUGACAGGUCGCUGAUGGACUACGGCGAGAUCAAGCCUGAGCCGGACGACAUGGCUGCAAUAGUGGCUGCUAAGGACACUGAUGGAUACAAGCAUGGCACUGAGCUCAAGUAUCCUCGGUCGAAUGAAGAUAAUGACGACGGCCUACAAGGAAUACCGCAAUUUGGAGAGGAGGGAUAUUGGGACACUGUGGCAGAUGAGUUCCUUAGUUCGAUUAUGACAUUUGACGCCCCGAUCACGAUGUCAUGA